AUGUAAAUACUUUAGCAGGAAGCGUUGCCGAAGCAACUGAUCUGAAAUACGAUGGAUGUCUUGGUGGAGAGAAGUCUUCACAUGAAAGAAUAAUACAUAAUCUGGAAGAUGAAAUUUUUCAGAGGCUUAAUGCUAUUGAAUAUGGAUUUGCGGAGAGACUAAGUAAUUUAGAAAAUUUGCUUUUGUCUCUGAAAAAGGCCUAG